UUUCCUUUUCGGCCGAAACAAAUAUGGCGGUUCAGGCCAAACAGAAUCCCAUGAAGGAACUGCAAAUCAGGAAGUUAGUUCUAAACAUCUGUGUGGGUGAGAGUGGGGACAGACUGACACGUGCUGCCAAGGUUCUUGAACAGUUGACUGGGCAACAGCCAGUGUAUUCCAAAGCUCGCUACACAGUGAGGUCUUUUGGUAUCCGAAGGAAUGAGAAAAUUGCUGUCCACUGCACUGUACGAGGUGCCAAGGCUGAAGAGAUCUUGGAGAAGGGAUUGAAAGUGAAGGAGUAUGAACUGAACAAGGAGAACUUCUCUGCCACAGGAAACUUUGGUUUUGGAAUUCAAGAACACAUUGAUCUUGGCAUCAAGUAUGACCCAAGCAUUGGUAUCUAUGGAAUGGAUUUCUAUGUGGUUCUUGGACGUCCGGGGUUUAAUGUGGCCAAGAGAAAAAGAGCUAAGGCUCAUGUUGGUGCUCCUCACAAGAUAUCAAAAGAUGACUCUAUGAAGUGGUUCCAACAGAAGUUUGAUGGAAUCCUUCUUAACCCAAAGAAAAAAUCCUGAGCUAUGAAAUAAACAGAACUUCCAUCAGA